CAGAGCGUCAACUAUAGGAGAACCCGCAGCAACCCCACUGGCUGGAAAAAGGAACUCGUGCAGGGAAGCCCCGCUCCUAACACCGGAAGUAGCGAAACAGCCGCCCUUCCGGGAUACGUUGUGAACUUUCCCAGUAUGACUCAGUAUCACUGAAACAGGAGUCAAGAGAGACCGUGCGUCUGUCUAGCCCAUCAAACUCUAUUCGUGCGACGAGGAGUUCGCUUCGUCGAGACACCAUGGAUGUCUUGAACGAGACCUCGCCUUCCAACGCAACCGUCUUCUCGUUCUCGACGGCGCCUUUCACGGAUGUCUUCAACGGGACCUCACCUCCCGACACAACUGUCUUCACGUUCUCGACGGCACUCUUCACGGAAGCAUUCACGGAACAAGUGACCAACGGAACCGUCCCUAAUGGUACUACCGUUCCUCUUCUCUUCAAGGACUAUCCCCGGGUAGUCCUGAAUACUGGAUUCGCGUUUCUCGUCAUGUUCUCAAUCUUCGGUGUCUUCGCAAAUGCCAUCUCGAUGUUGGCUCUGGGACGAUCUUCGAAACUGACGAAUGCCACAACGGCCCUCCUGAUGAACCUGUGCUUCAGUGACAUACUCUUCAGCGGAACGAGCACACCGUUCGCCGUGACUGUCUUCUGGUACGGUGACUGGGUGUAUCCUCACCACAUCUGCGUCGUCUAUGGCAUCACGAGAUUCUUCAACGUGGGCGCAUCUAUUUUCACCGUCAUGGCAAUAUCGAUAAAUCGCCUCGUUAUCAUAUCGUACCCCACGCGGUACAAGCAGAUAUUCAGUGUUGGUAACAACCUACUCUUCGUUACUGCAACGUGGCUUCUAACGUUAGCGCUGCUUAUCUUGCCAACCGGAAGUAUUUGGGGACGGUUCGCUUGGGAUGCCGCAAUUGGAACCUGCAGCGUGGUUCCCUACAGGGGCAGGAGCAGCAAGGCAUUCUUAUUCAUGUUCGCCUACUUCGUCCCGACGGUCGUAUUUGUCGUCUGCUACAGCAGGAUUUAUUACGUGGUAAGGAGGACGCGCCAGAACUUGAAACGGUACGACAGUGGAAGACGCAAGCCCACGGAGUUCGUCGCCGACUUAACCAGGCGGAUCGGCGAGUUGAACAAGCAGGAAGCUGAGAAGCAAAGAAAGAGGUCUGACGAAAAAGACAUGCGACUGUUGAGGAUGGUACUGGUGAUCUUUGUGACAUUCACAAUGUGCUACCUGCCGCUGCUCGUGCUGAAAGCGUUCAGGCUCCUGGACGACUACCCCGGAGUGCAGGUCUUUGCGUACUUGACCUUCUACUUUUCCGGUUGUGUGAACCCGAUCAUCUACAUCUGUAUGAGUCGGGAGUACAGAAAGUCCUAUUUUGAUCUGUUUAGAAGAGUGCAAGGAGCGACGUUAUCGGACACGACUGGAAGUCGCGAGACGCCUCUGACGCGCACCACGGAGCUAUGAGGAGGACAUAGGCGUUCUAUAGGAGCUCCGAAGACGUCGACAAACUCUUCGGGUGACCCAUGCUGGAAAUGGAGUACCGCAGUGCCGUAGAUGAUGCUCGAAGAGACGGACCUUGUUCGAUCUGGGGUCCCCUGAAACAGGUCUCGAGAGACGAACAAUACUUUUAUGUACAUCUCAGAGGCCUACUCUACAGGUCGAGAGGUUCUCCUCUGAGAUUCGUAUUGAAUAGCGAGUCUCCGCAGCAGUUUUGCUUGGAAAAUCAUCUACUUCACGGCUUCCAUUGAAGACCUUAAUGGUGUCUUGUACGUCGCAUGCAAAUGUGUAUCUCUUUGUGUCUCUACGCUGCAGCUUCUUGUACAGUGAGUGCGUCAGCUAGUGUACAUUGAAAUUAACAGGAAUGCAGUGACUGCUCGUUCCACUACAGAUUAUGGUGAUCGACUGAACAGGUGCCGUUUAUCCAUGUAGGAUAAUGUGACCAGACGUCCCGAUUUAGGCUGUCCCACUUUUACGGUUGUAGUCCCGCUGUCCCAUCGGCCUACAUAUGGGACGGCGUCUUGUCCCGGUUUUAGCUGCAGCGAAACCCGAAUGGAAAAAAGAAAAAUAUAUAGAGAGUGGAGAAGAGCUCUGAACUUUCUGGUGACCUUUUUCGGCUCGCAUCUUUCCGCGGUCUAGCCAAUGGGACAUUCAGACGUCUUUGUGCUAUCACAGAGCCAAUAUUUGCGCACGCUUUGCUCAUCAAGCUGCCUCAGUUGGAACACUGUAUUGGUAUAAUGGUAUAUCACCGCAGCUCUGACAACAAUGAUAACAUUGAACUGCAAGUUCAGCGAGUCUCGGCUGAGCUUUUCCCUUCAUAUCAGAUAUACGAAGACACACUAAACAGGUUGCGCUCUGGUCAAUGUAUUUUAUGUGCGCUUUAUGUGACACGUCAAAAAAAAAAAAAAGAAAAUGUAAAUGAAAAGAACAUUAAGUGAAAACAAAUAAAUAAAAUAACAGCGUGUAGCAUAGGCGAAAUAAAAAAAAAACUUUCUAUCUGCG